AUGUACGUCACGGAGGGGGUGAGCACGAGCCUCGGGUAUAGUCAGCAUCAAAUGCUCGGCCAGCCUCUACGCGACUAUGUGCACGCCGCAGAUUACAAAUAUGUGGAACGGUCGACAGUACACCCGAACCACAACCUGGAUUAUAGCCUUGGCCGCAUCGUCGUCGAAGCUUCACAGAGUUUCACGAUGCGCAUGAAGGUGAAGCUGGCCCGGAGAAAUGCCGGCUUUUCGCACGACGGCUACAAGACGGUCUCAUGCACCGGAUUUUUUCGCGACAGCUACUAUGCCCAGUAUUGCACGAAGGAUGUCGUAUACGUAAAUUGCCAACUGGUCGAUAAGAGCGGUACCGACGUGCUGAUGAGCCGGGACACCUUCGUGUUACGCUGUCAUCAGGAUUUGACGGUUGGCUAUGUGGAGGAUAGGGCUUGCCAGCUGCUUGGAUACGCACCAAAAGUGCUGCUCGAUCGCUCGAUCUACGAGUUGGUGCAUCCCGACGACGUCGAGGUGGGCGAAGGCCAGCUCUUCGCCACCAUCCACCUCAUCAAGCUGCCAGCCCUAGCUCCUGCUCACCCCUACUCCGUCGCGCUUCUCGUGACGAUUAUUGGCUCUGACGACACUCCGUGCAGUUCGUUGAUUCAACAAUCAGCCGCUUAUUCCACUUCCAAGGCCAAGCCCACCGGCAAUAUUGGGUACAUUUCAAAAUUUCUGAACGCCGCCGGGCUACCGUACGCCACGAAGGGCAAGGAGCAGGCGCAGAAGGAGCGGAAGCGGAAGGCCGGCAUCAAGUCAGAGGAGAAAGAA